GUUCCCGGCUGCGGGCGCGUCAAGUAGACUGCAACUUUGUCGCCAGUAGUUUGUCGUUCCCCAUUCUAUAUUGUCUCUUAAAAGGGAUGCCAAAUAGUCUGGGGGUUCGUCAUGAACAGCAGUAUUGUACAUCAACAGCAACAGCAGCAGGAGAGUCGAGAGCAGGAGCAGUGCCCACCGCUAGCCACUGAUCAAACAAGAAGAAUGAAGCUCAGGCUUACUGUUCAUUCAGCCAAAAAUUUGGUAAAGAAAGAGCUCUUUAAAUUGCCAGACCCUUUUGCAAAGGUAGUAGUUGAAGGUAGCGGUCAGUGUCACUGCACAGAACCAAUCAAAUCAACAUUAGACCCAAAAUGGAAUCAACAUUAUGACCUGUUUUUGUGUCGGUCGGAUUCCGUCACUAUUAGUAUUUGGAACUCUCGUAAGGUUCAUAAACGUCAGGGAGCUGGGUUCCUUGGCUGUGUCAGGCUAAACCCAUCCAGCGUAAAUCGCCUUAAAGACACUGGAUAUCAGAGACUGAACUUGGGGAAGAACCUUCCUAAUGAUGAUGAAGCUGUGCGUGGACAGCUAAUAGUUAGUUUGACAUCUCGUGAACCAUCUUCACAAGUCAUUCCUUCUCCUUUGAUAUCUUCUUCGUCUCUCUAUGAACUGCCCGAAGGUUGGGAAAGGAAAAGGACACCUCAUGGAAGAGAAUACUUCAUUAAUCACUACACGAGAACAACACAGUGGAACAAGCCGACAAGACCAGGCUAUGAGAGUGUCCAAUCCUGCAACCCUACCAUCGCUAACAUUACAACUCAAAUAGAUACCAAUUCCCUUGUACCUACGUCUACGUCUCGCCCUUCAAGCAUGCACAUUGAGUCGACCGUCGUCCAGUCUCCGUUGUCAACGUCGGGUGGUGAGCGUCCGCUCAGUACCCACGGGAUACCCUCUACUUCUGAGCUUAUGGAUCUCGGCCCUCCUCCUUCCCACCCUCCCCCCACAACUUCUCUGACUACGACUCCUCCAGUCUCCCCUAGAGCAAACUCCCCCAGGCCACAAGGCUUGGAUGCAGCAAGACAUCAAAUGUACAUGAGAAGAAACACAUUACAUCACGAGCUCCAGCUACCUGAUGGAUAUGAACAACGCAUCACUUCACAAGGUCAAGUAUAUUUCAUUCACAGAGAGACAGGAGUCAGUACUUGGCACGACCCUCGCUUCAGGGACAUGGAGCUAGGCUCGUCAGACUUAGGUAAUUUACCCGACGGCUGGGAGAUACGAUAUACGUCAAACGGACGUAGAUAUUUUGUCAAUCACGCAAACAGGACGACACAGUUCACUGACCCGAGACUAUCUGCCAUUGUUUCUCGUCGUAUACUCGUUGCCGCCAGUCAACCAGAGUCCAAUCAACCUCCGUCCCUCUAUCAGGGCCUCGUGCCUCCUCCGGCCGAGAAGAGAGACCUAGUUCACAAGAUGCAUCGUCUCCGAUCUCAGUUAAACGCUCUCCAAACUCAAGCGGGUCACUGUCGCAUCGAGGUAUCUCGUGAUAACGUCUUUGAGGAGACCUAUCGUCAAAUCAUGAGACAUAAAGUGAAAGACCUUAAAAAGAAGCUUCUUGUUCGUUUCCGUGGCGAGGACGGGUUGGAUUAUGGUGGUAUAGCCCGCGAGUGGCUGUAUUUGUUGUCUCACGACAUGUUGAAUCCUUAUUACGGGCUCUUCCAGUAUUCAAGGGAAGACGUGUACACGCUUCAAAUAAAUAGAGACUCUGGCGUCAACCCGGAGCACCUUUCUUAUUUCUAUUUUGUUGGGCGGAUACUGGGAAUGGCAGUGUUCCAUGGUCUUUACAUUGAUGGAGGCUUUACCCUUCCUUUCUAUAAACAACUUCUUGGUCUCCCUGUCUCACUAGAAGAUAUGGAGAGUGUUGAUCCUGAAUUAUAUCGAAGCUUAAAGUGGAUGUUAGAGAAUGAUAUCGAAGGAGUAAUAGACACAACAUUUGCCGUCGAGCAUGACCAAUAUGGUAAACUAAUGCUCCACGAGUUGAAAUCAGAAGGACAGGAAAUCCAGGUUACCAACGAGAAUAAAGACGAAUACGUGAAUUUGUAUGUUCAAUGGCGCUUCAAAGCCGGCAUAGAGAAGCAGUUCAUUGCCCUUCAAAGAGGAUUCAACGAAAUGGUAUCUGGUCAUCUCCUAAAGUCAUUCGACGAGAAGGAACUGGAACUUAUUGUGUCCGGUCUUGGUAAGAUUGACGUACAAGACUGGCAACUGAACACUCGCUUGAAGAACUGCUCGCCGGACACUGAUCAGAUAAAGUGGUUUUGGCAGGCUUGUCGAUCGUUUGAUGAUGAAAUGAGAGCUCGUCUGUUACAGUUUGUGACGGGAUCGUCUCGAGUUCCAUUGGAAGGUUUUAAAGCUCUUCAAGGGUCUACUGGUGCAGCUGGCCCAAGAUUGUUUACGAUACAUAUGAUCAAUACGUCAACUGAGAAACUACCAGAAGCACACACCUGUUUCAAUAGGUUGGACUUGCCUCCUUACGAAUCAUACGACAAACUAUUUGAAAAACUAAGCUUAGCUGUCAAUCACACCAUUGGUUUCUAUUCCGAAUGAGCUCAUCCUCCAGUUCUCACAAUCUGUAAUCAUAUAAACUUUCAAAUAACCUCCCCCUCUCUCUCUCAGCACAUCUCUCAUUUGAUCAGUCAGUGUUGCUGCUUCUAUUCUUUUUUGAACAACUUAAUAGUCAUCUCUUUUUUGUUUGCGCUACUCUUCUUUUUGUAUAUCUUCAUUCUCUUUUGUCAUCCGUUAACAAACAUUCUGUAUUAUGUUUGCGCGAGCAUACAUUAUACCCCCUUUGUUUGUAUUAGUUAUUGUUUGUUGUUGUUCUCUGUAACUAUAUACAUAUAUAUAGCUAUAAAUAAUGCAAAACAAUCUUUAUAUAUUACUUUAUUAUUAUUGUUGUUGUUGUUAUUUACUUCUCUUUUAUUCCAUGAAUUAUUAUUAUUAUUAUUAUUAUUAAAUUGAUUAUAAAAGAUAGAUAAAUAGA